GAGAAAAUGGCGGAUCUUUAUGAGCCUGAUGUGGGAACUGCAUAUUACAGAUCGAAUGACUCCAUCAAAAACCUACAAAUCAAAGUUCGGCUGAAGCGAGUGACGUCCUCAAGUAUCGUCCCAUCCGCAGCAGCCAAAGAACAGAAGGAGGGCAGUGUGGAGAUGGGAGAGAUGGGGAAACAGCCCAAGCUGGUGGACGAGGAAGAAAUUAUCAUAAAGUGGCAGGAAAAGAUUUUCAGUCAGAGGGAGGUUGAGUUGUACAACCAAGAGGCCAACUGCUUCAACAUACGAGAAAAGACCUACCACGAUCAAGUUGUUAAAAUCAUAGAGAGAGGGAAGCCCACCAACCGGAUAUUCACCUACACUGACGAUGACAAGUUCUCACACGAAGAGGAGGCCGUGCAGUUCAUGACCACAUCCAAUUCGGAGAGAUCCACGAUUCUUGCUGAGAAGAUGUCCCAUGUCCGCCAGCGCAGGGUCGGGGGUCGACAACUCAAAGAGAGAGGGGUCGGCAUAGUCCCGAAAAUCAACGUGGUAGACGCAUCACCAUCACAGGAUUUGAGGAGGAAGAACCACAUCGAGGCUCCCCCGAUGGAGGUGAUGUACGUCAUGGGAGACCUCAGUCCCAGGGAGAGGGCCGCCCAUGAGUCUGACGAGUAUAUCAUGUGCAUGCUACAAAUUGAUGCUAAUGGUGUUCUGAGCAUCCGACCUGACUUCAACAGAGGACGCAAACCGUAUCUAAUAGAAACAGUCUCCGUCGGUAGAGAGGUGUUUGAGUAUACAAUAGAACACUCCUCAAAACCCAUGAAUAGACAGGAGCAGGAAAGGGAGAGAAAGAUGUACAGGGAGGUUUACAGUCGUCACAAGGAUUUCCUGGAGGCCUGUGUAGGUCUGGAGUUUGAGGCGCCUCCGAAGGAUGCUCUGAGACUUGCAGUGUUUGGAGAGAUUGAGUCAGCCAGGGACUUCCAGUUUGACGAUAUCUACUUGCACUUCUUUGUGGACUUGCCAAAACACUGGACUGCUGACAGGUUCCAGCCUCUGUCUUGGGUCACACAGACCUGCAGUUCAAAGGUGGAAGGCAUCGACAAUGUGGCACAUUUCAGCUUCCCCUUCAGCUUUGAGUUGUUCUACAAGAAUGAUUCCAUCAAACAGGAGGAGAAAGAUGAGCUGCCCAGCUUCCCCAUCGUGCUGGUGGAGGUCCUGUCCUUGGAUUCCUGGCACCGGUUCCGCACUGAGGGCUACACCUAUCUACAGGUACCCUCCAAACCAGGUGUGUACCAUGAAACCAGUCACUGCUGGCGCCCUGUCGGACAGUCCAUCUCAGCCCAGCUACGCAGGUUCUUCAUUGGGGGGUCUCCUGAACUGGAGGAUCCUACCUAUGCGGCAGUGCCUAGCACGUUUGAUGGCAGCCACCUAAGCAAGUUUGGAUUUCACACGGAGACAUCGGGCAGUCUGACAUACCGCUUGAAUGUCAUCAUGCAGUCCAGAGCAUUUAUGGAGAAGAAGGCCAACAAGAGAUCUGUGGGCUCCCUCCUGGACAACCUGGGAAUCACCGCCAUGCAAGCCAACAUUUCAAACGUCAUUGAUGCCUUCAAGGAAGCCCGCAUGAAGAUGAUGAAUGCACGACACAAUGCCGAGAGGGAACUGCUGCGAGAUACCAAGGAGUUGUGAUGAGGUGUCAGGAAAACAGCAUCCAGACUACGUUCUGCAGCCUCAUCAGAACAGUAGACCAUUUCGACAUUCUGUCACGUCGUAAAGACAGUCCUGCAAGUGACCUUGUUCUCAACACAAGCCAUAUAAGUAUAAAGAUCGAUCAGAACAGUAGACCAUUUUGACAGUAGUGACGUGUGUUCUGUCACGUCGUAAAGACAGUCCUGCAAGUGACCUUGUUCUCAACACAAGCCAUAUAAGUAUAAAGAUCGAUCAGAACAGUAGACCAUUUCGACAUUAGUGAUGUGUGUUCUCUCAAAUUGUAAAGACAGUCCUGCAAGUGACCUUGUUCUCAAUGCAAGUCAUACAAGUAUAAAGAUUGAUCAGAACAGUAGACCAUUUUGACAUUAGUGACGUGUGUUCUUUCAAGUCGUAAAGACAGUCCUGCAAGUGACCUUGUUCUCAAUGCAAGCCAUACAAGUAUAUUACACCAUGCAGAAUAUACCCUAGUUUUGUAGGGCAAGGUAGAACCCUGGUACAGUGUGACAUCUGCUGUUAUUGACUCAAAUUCAUCACGUUUACAGAUUAAUGGCCAUUUAUUGUCUUGAAGAUUUGGUUUAAGGUAAAAAAUAUUGCAUUAUUCACCAGUGUCACUUUGAAGAGCCUCCAUGAAUAUUUUCAUGUUUUAUGUGUAUGUAUAUUUAUAAGGAGACAAUGAUACAAUGAAAUGGUUAUAAAUUUUUGAGUUGGAUGUGAAGAUGAUGCAGAGGAAACAGUUAAGAAACAAUCAAGAAACAAUCAAGAAACAAUAGGCUUUGUCAGUCUCACAAUGAGCAGCAUUCCACUACAGAACAAUGUUACAAAGUGUUUGUAUGGCAUUUAGAAGUGAUACACACAAGGAAGCGAAUUAAUGUAUAUAUAUAUAUAUGUUCUUCAUAGGAUUUAUUCACCUGAGUAAGUAUAUACUCCAUAUAAACGUGCUCCUCAUAAUAUAGAAGUUGACAUCCAUAAAUGCUCUUCCUUAUGUAAUGUGUCUAUCAUUGUGAUAAAUGUAAUUAUUUUGUCAUGAAUUAUAGAAAAAUGGUCAUUUUUGUGAGACUCGUGUCAUGAUACACUGAAGCACAAUGAAAAUGCAUAAUGUACUUUACCUCGAAACGAAUGACAAGAAAAUUAUUUUACUCAGUGCAUCUCGAAACAUUGAAUGAGAUUCAAAACCGUGACAUUUUGUUGUCGUUGGUUAUAUUAUGCCUGAAACACAGAACUUAAUUUGAUGUUUGUAGCUAUUUUGCCAAAUAUUACAGUGUAUAUUACCACCCUGAGUCCAGGGCCCCGUUCCACAAAGCAGUCUUAGCGCUAAGAUGGUCGUAACUCCCAUGAUUUAACACUGGCUUACGAUAUUCAUAGCGCUAAGAUCGCUUUGUGG